AUGGAGAACUAUUUUAGACCUCCAGACCCGCUCGUGCUCGAUGGAAAUAUCUCAGAGAAUUGGAAGAGAUUUUCCCAAAAAUUUAAACUGUUCACAAAGGCCACUGGACUGGACGAAAAGGAUGAAGAAAAGCAAGUAGCAUGUUUUUUAUCCCUGGUUGGUGAUGACGGGCUGGACUUGUUCAAUAGCUUUACAUUCCAACCUGGAAAAGAUAAAGUAUUGUCCGAAAUAGUCAAGAAAUUCGAAGUUCACUGUGCCCCCCAGAAAAAUGUAAUUUUUGAGAGGGCUAAGUUCAACACGAUAGUACAGAAAGAAGGGCAAUCUUUUGAUAGUUUCUUGACCGAGUUAAGAAAGGCAGUGAAGACCACUGAAUAUCCCAUUCAAGAUGAAAUGAUAAGGGACAGAAUUGUUAUAGGGCUAAGAGACACUGCUGACAAGGAGAAACUGAUGAGAGAAGCAUCUUUAACUCUGACAAAAGCAAUAAAUUAUUGUAGAGCUAAAGAAACAAGUAAAGACCAAGUGAAAAUGUUGGAUAAUGAAUCUCGAGUAGAUGCCAUCAAAGCUAGUACAUCAAGAUCAGUCAUGAAAAAAGAUUCCAAUAAAUCUUGUAAUAAGUGUGGUUAUAAACACAAGUUCGAAAACAAGUGUCCUGCUACUGGAAAGACAUGUGCAAAAUGCCAGGGCCGUGACCACUUUGCUAAAGUUUGUCGUAACAAAAAUCAAGUUAAGAAAAAAGUACACAGUUUAUUGCAAGAAGAAGAAUCAGGUGAUGAAACUGGAAGUGAUUACGAGUUCUUCGUGAGUUCAGUUGAUAAAAUUGAUCAAGAAAAAAGAAGCAGUAAAGAAACGAUGUGGACAACAGAGAUACAAGUCAAUGGUAAGACUGUUACAUUCAAGCUAGAUACCGGAGCUGAGGUAAGCACCUUACCAUUAGAUGUUUUAAAGAAAAUCGCUCCAGAUGUGUCUGUGCGUAAGACAAAUAUCACAUUAAUGUCAUAUGGUGAUCCAAAUUUUAAACUACGGUGUGUAGGUGAAGUUGUGUUGUCAUGCAAAGUCAAAGAGCGCAAAGAGAAAGUUUCGUUUGUUGUAGUGAAUGCUAAAAACCAAAUGCCCUUGUUAGGUCUACAAGAAUGCCUAAAAUUAAAUUUAAUUAGAAAAUUAGAUUCUUUAAGUAAAAAAGUACUGUUCAAAACUUUAGACGAUGUUGUCAAUAAUUAUUCUCAAGUAUUUGAAGGGUUAGGAAAGUUUCCGACACAGCAUCAUAUAACUUUGAAGCCAGAAGUGAAACCGAAGAUAAAUGCUAUUAGGCGAGUGCCUCACACUUUGCAAGAACCACUAAAAAAGAAGUUGUCUGAUCUUGUGUCCCAAAACAUAAUAGAAAAAGUUGAUAAACCAUCAGAGUGGGUACAUCCUUUGGUUAUCGUUGAGAAACCAGAUGGUGACCUACGUUUGUGUCUUGACCCAAAAGACUUAAAUCGAGCGAUUCAAAGAGAACACUUUCUAAUUCCAUCUCAUGAUGACAUAGCUGUCAAAUUAACAAAUAAAAAGUUUUUUACUGUGCUAGACAUGAAAGAUUGGCAAAGAUAUUGGCAAAUAGAAUAA